AUGUCUCCUUGUCUCAUCAGGUCUGAUCCAGCUCAGCAAUCUGCUCCCAGGGCCCCAGAAGGGGGUGCUCUUGGUGGGGGUCCCCCUGGGCCUCCCCCCAACAUGAGUAGUAACCUUCGGCUGCAGCAGUCCCAGGCCCAGAUGGAGGAGGUGGUGAGCAUAAUGAGUGUGAAUGUGGAGAAAGUGCUGGAUCGAGACAUAAGACUUACCGAGAUGGAUGGCAAGGCAGAGGCACUUGAGGCUGGUGCCUCAGUGUUUAAAACUAGUGCAGGAAAGCUAAAGAGGAAGUACUGGUGGAAGAACUGUAAGAUGAUGAUCAUGCUUGGAGUGAUCUGUGCCAUUGUGAUGGUGGCGAUUGUACGUAAGUACCAUAUAGAAUCUGAAUGGAGGGUCAGGGAGCCCCCAAGUCUUGGAAAAUGCCACCUUCUCCCUUUUGGUUAA